CGCUACGGUAGAAAACAAGAAUGGUAUGGCCCAAUUGUUGAUAGAAUCCGCCACUCGCCUACGCAUGUUAUCUGAAUCCGGAUAAUGAUUCAAAAAGUAAUUUGUUCUGGAUGAACAACUUCAUUCAUCUUCCCCAUUAAAGCCCCUGAAAAACCCUAGUCCUGACUGAAUUCAUCAACAAUGGCUGCAUUUUAUGCGUCUCCAACUCCAACCUUACAGAUAACAAACAAUCACGUACCCCAAUCAUGUCCCUUGUCUUCUUCAUCAUCACUAUCUUUUUCAUCAAGCAAAUCCAGUUUCUUCAACUCAUCUUCACCAUGUUUCAAAAUCUUCGUUCAUUCUCUGCCCAAAAACAGCAUAACAAAACAAACCCCUUCUCUAAUUCGAAUGUCAUGGGAUGGCCCUCUCUCCUCCGUGAAAUUGAUCCUCCAAGGCAAAAAUCUUGAGUUGUCGGAAUCUGUGAAGACUCACGUCGAGGAUAAGGUGGGAAAGGCCAUUCAAAAGCACAGCCAUCUUGUUCGCGAAGUAGAUGUUAGGGUUUCUGUUCGGGGUGGAGAAUUUGGAAAAGGCCCAAAAGUUCGUCGAACAGAGGUUACAUUAUUUACCAAGAAGCAUGGCGUCAUCCGGGCAGAAGAAGAAGCAGAGACUACAUACGCAAGCAUCGAUACAGUUUCUUCAGUCAUACAACGGAAGCUAAGGAAGAUUAAGGAGAAAGAUUCAGAUCAUGGUAGACACAUGAAGGGAUUCGAUAGGCUCAAGGUAAGAGACGCACAGAUACUCAUCGAUCAGGAUUCCCUUGCGGUUACUCAAGAAGAAGAAGAGGAAGAAGUAGAAGAUGCAAGUGAAACCGAUGAGAUUGUUCGCACAAAAUAUUUCGAAAUGCCCCCUUUGACUGUAUCAGAAGCAAUUGAGCAACUAGAGAAUGUUGAUCAUGACUUUUAUGGCUUCCGAAAUGAAGAAACUGGUGAGAUUAAUAUCUUGUACAAAAGAAAAUCUGGAGGGUAUGGGAUCAUAGUUCCAAAAGAAAAUGGCGAAACUGAGAAAUUCGAGGAAGUGGAUGCAGAAAUUCUCAGGCAACUCUAGUUUGCAGAAAAAGGUGGGAGAAUGAAGAAGAUGAUGAAUCAUAUGUAGAUGUUUGAGCUGGGUGUUCCAGUUUUCAAUAUAGGGUAACGUUUGAGGAUAUACAUGUCCAGAAUCCAGAUGUGUGUAGUUUCUUUGAAACCAUGUGUAAUCUAAUCUCCACAAAGUAAAUACAGGUUAUUUUUGUUCUUCCUUGCAUUGACAUGUGCUCAAUAGCUUGUUAAUUGACAUGGUAUUUCGUGAGAUAUUUAGGCUAGAGGUGGUGUAUACUGUAUAGCUAGCCUUAGCGCCAAAGUGCAUCGGUACCCUAUAUGGGAGGUUUCAAGUUCAAACAUUAGGGUUUUCAAUUAAGGGAUUGUGAGGAGAUAGAUGCAUGAUGCUAAAAGGAGGGGAUAUUUAGUAUCCUCACCAAAAACGAGUCCUCUUCCGCAAACCUUCCAAUAUCAGUUAGAGUGGUGGGAAGCCAAUUUUGAAUACAAUAGAGAGCCAUAGGGCACAUGGAUCGGGUAAGAGACGUUAAAAUUAUGUCCAAAAACAUGGUUCGGUUUGAGCAGUCUCGGUGCAUGAGUACUCAAACUUAGACCAGCACAUUUGCGGUUUCAGGUUGGUCUCGUGCGGUUUUGGACCGAUCUUUUUUCAAUCCAGUCUUUUUUUCAGAACAAUCUCUUUCAGUUCGAUCUUUUUUGGGAUCAGUCUCGGUCUUUUUCGGUCUGGUCUCACGGUCUUUUUGUACGCCUUUAUCGGUUCGGUUUUCGGGUUUUUUGGUUUUUCUGGCACAGUUUCUGUAUUUGUUGGUUUUUUUAGUUUCGGUUUCGAGUUUUUCCCUUAACAAAAUGUGUGAUUA